AUGCAGAAAUUUAUUCCCCGAAUCCCGCUUGGUAUUCACGAGGUGGCGCCACAGUCAAUUCAUUUUCUUCACGAACUGGGAGACGGAAUGUAUGGAAAAGUAUUCAGAGGAGAAAUGCACCAUCCGCGAUCGGCAAAUGGCACAACCAUCGUGUCCCCAGUGGCUAUUAAGACACUCAAAGAGGGAUCUUCUAUUCAAGCCAAGCAAGACUUUUGCAGAGAAGUGGAAACUGUGGCAGUCUUGCAACAUCCGAAUGUGGUCUGUUUGGUCGCCGUCUGUCUCCGGGAUGAGCCACUUUGCAUGCUGUUUGAGUACAUGUUCCAAUGCGACCUACACGAGUUCCUUCUUGUUCACUCUCCACAUUCGGAUGUUUCCGCACGCAGCGACGAUGGGACGCCACAGAUACUUGAGUUGUCGGAUUUCCUAGCAAUUGCAGUGCAAGUUGCUGCGGGAAUGGAAUAUCUUUCGAGCAAACGUUACGUUCAUCGUGAUCUGGCAGCAAGAAACUGCCUGGUUUCAGCUGACACAUCAGCGUCAAGCUUAUCCCAAACCUGUCUCCCAAACGGAUUAAACACUUCACCACUCAUGGAUAACAUCUUGGUCAAGAUCUCUGACUUGGGUGUCAGCCGUCACAGCUGCGCAAAUGAAUACUUCCGCAUCAGAAACACUUUGUUACCAGUUCGGUGGAUGGCUCCCGAAUCCCUUCUAUACGGUACUUUCACCACCGAAAGCGACGUAUGGUCUUUCGGAAUACUUCUGUGGGAGAUCUUCAGCUACGGCAUCAGACCGUAUUUUAACUGUGACAAUCAGGAAGUGAUCGAUUUGGUAUGCGCCCACCAGUUGCUUCCAAGACCCGAAUAUUGUCCUCCGUAUGUUUACUCAAUCAUGAAUGACUGUUGGCAUGAUUCGCCUUCCCACAGACCAAACUUCAAAGAGAUAUACAACAGACUUUGUUCAGUUCAGACUCUUCACGAAAGAACAUUCAGCAUUAGUCAUUCUGUUCUGACACACAACAGUAGCCAUCAGAGCAGCACUGGACCUAGCAACAAGACUCUUUCCACCAACCUCAGUUGUGGCACGGGGAAUCUCAUGGUUAAUGGGACCACAUUAAUGCCCCGACAGAAUGGCACAUUCUCAAUGUGUGGAUCUGGAACUGGUUUUGUUUCUACGAAGAUGAUUCCGAUGCAUAGGACCCAUCAAUGUGAGCAAGUGUGA